AUGAACCCUUAACUUAGAUAAUCCUAAAAUCAAGAAAAACUUCUUUAAAUAAGUCGAUCUUAAAAUAUCAAAUUGCUUAAACAUGUAUUUUAGCUUUUCAUGAUCAUGGAAAGUUUUGUGAUAAUAAGUAUGUACUUUUUUUAAUUUAGCUUAAAUUUUUAUGUUAAGUUACUACAAGUUAUAUACUCCAAAUAAAUAAGCAAAUUCAAAAUUAUGGAUCUCUUAUUACUACAGUUGUAAUGAAAAUUAGUGCUUUCAGAAUAAGUAUAAUUAUAUUAAUAAAGAAACCUAUGUUCUGAUAUUUCCUUAUCUGAUUAAAUAACUUUGUGUUUAAAUACAAAAGAAUUUAAUGUUUUCAGAUAUAUUCUAAGUAGCCUUAUUAUUUUAAUUAUUCUAUUCAUGAUUUUUGAUAUCUAUAGAAUGAUGAUAAUAAAAAACCAAUUAAAAAAUGAAAAAUUGGAUUUUAAAUUUAUUUAUAAGGCUAAGAAAUAUUAAAUUACUAUUAUUUUUCUUUUAACCUUAUAAUAUGUGAUCUUAUUUAUUUAUAUAUUUGGAAUAGAGGGAGAUUGUAAAUACAAUAAUUAAUAAACUUUUAGCUGAAUAUGGUUUAGGAUCAGCAUUUUAUGUUGGAUUAGCAGGAUUCUUAAGCUACCUUAUUGUUAUUAUUUAUUUUAGAUAUUUAAAAGGGAGGUUCACAAGAGAAUCAUAUUUAGAAAAACUUUUGAAUGAAGAACUUAAUGAAUCUGAUUUAUAAUAAAGCUUUGAAUUUAAAUCUAUCGAAUUUAGAGAAGAGCGAUUUUAUUCUAUCUAAGACAGAGAUUGA